GGGGGAAGGAAAGACAAUGAGCCCUACUUUAGGGGACCCCGAUUGGGGUCAGGAGGGGAAUGAAAAAGCGGGGAGAGGAGUAGUAAGAGGGACUGGGGGUAUACAGCUGGGCAGAGGACCCUGCCCGCCCCCUCUGCUGCUGCCCUGCUCCCCGCUUGCUUACACAGGGCCUGGAGCCCCUCCCCCCAGCUGUAAGCCCUGUGUGUGGGGUGACAGGUGGAAGGGAUAACCUGGGGGAGGUGGGGGCCGUGGAGGACAGGCUGAGGUGCGGGGGCCCAGGGUGGGGGCAGGGCAUGCAGCAGGGGCCCUCGGCCUCACCAGGUGUCCUGAGCCUGACCAAGCCAGGAGGGCUCUGAGCGCUGGAGAACUGAAGAGGGGAUGUGACCUCCGGCCAGGGGAUCUGGGCAAGCCGGCCAGGCCUCCCCCCUUUGGCGCCUCCGUCCAGCCCAAGUCCCGCCUGGGCCGCACCCCCUGACUCACUUCCUUUGCAUAGAAGCGGAAACCUCCUCAGAGCUUCCUCUGCUCUGGCCCGCAACUCCCUGGGGACCCGCAGGUGUCGCUGCCCCUCCAGGCCGGAGCUGGCCCAGGAGGCCCCUGGCCCACCCCCUCGCCCUGGGAGGCGCAUUUCCUGCUUGGAGUCUCAGGCCCCAGCGUCUGGCACAGGCAGGGGCCCGCGGAGCUGAGGGCAGUGGACCAGCCGCAGGAAGCCGGGGCGGUCACCAGAUAAGCCUCUACCCCGCCACUUCCUCAAGGCCCGCGGCCGUUUAUGGGAAGACCCGAGAGAUUUGCAUCGGGGCCCUGCGGAGGGGUCGCUUCCCGGUCUGAGGGGCGAGGCCGCGACGGGCAGCCCGGGCCGCACCCCACGGGACUCCCAGGGGAUAAGAUCACUCGGGGGACCGGUUCCGGCGGCCCGCGGGAAAGGGCAGUGGCGGGAGUCCAGAGACCCUCCCCGUCUUCCCGUUGCAGGGAGGGCGACCUGUAUGCGGAGCGCCGUUCCUGCGCCAUGGACCGCGGCCAGCCCAGCCUGGAGCCUGCUGCCGCGGCCCCCCGAGCCUCGGGCCGGUGCGUGAUCGCGCCCGUGCGCGCUGUGCUCCGCCUGCGCCGCCGGGUGUGUGUCCUACGCAAACGGCGCCUCCUGCAGCCGGGUGGGGGGCCCGACGUCGGGACCGGGGUGCCCAGGCCGGGCUGCAGCCCCCGGGCGCCGCGCGCGGACCUGGACCGGCCGCAGUUCUUCACCUUCGACGGCCCCGCGGAGCUACCCUCCAGGACGCCACGCAAGAAGCGCCGGCGCAGCCGCCUGGUGCUUUACCCGGAGACCUCGCGCAAGUAUCGGCCGCGCGUGGAGCACAGGAGCCGCGCGCAGCGCUGCCUGCUGCUGCUAGUCGCCAUCGUGGGCUUCCAAGUUCUCAACGCUAUCGAGAACCUGGACGAUAACGCGCAGCGCUAUGACCUCGAUGGGCUGGAGAAAGCGCUGCAGCGCGCGGUGUUCGGCCAGCCCGCUGCCGUAGCGCGCAUCGUGGCGCUGAUGCGGGACUACCUGGCCACGCAUGUGCACAGUCGUCCGCUCCUCCUGGCGCUGCACGGGCCCAGUGGCGUGGGCAAGAGCCACGUGGGCCGCCUGCUGGCGCGCCACUUCCGCUCGGUGCUGGAGGACAGCGCGCUCGUGCUGCAAUACCAUGCGCGACACCACUGUCCCGAGGCGCGCGCCGCACAGGACUGCCGCGAGGAGCUGGCGUGGCGUGUGGCCGACGUGGUGGCGCGGGCCGAAGCGGAGGAGAAGACCCCACUCUUGGUGCUGGACGACGUGGAGCUCAUGCCGGGGCCGCUGCUGGACGAGCUGCACGGCUUCCUGCAGCCCCAGCGCUCCCACCACUUCCACAACGCCAUCUAUGUGCUCCUCAGCGGCGCGGGUGGCGCCGAGGUCACGCGCUUCGUGCUGCAGAACGCGUCCCGCGCGCUGCCCCUGCGCCCCGACGGCUUCCGCAGUGCCGAGGCCGCAGCGGCGCAGGCGGAAGAAGACCUGCGCGCCAGCCUGCUGGCUCUGCUGUCCCGGGAGCAUCCGCUGUGGCAGGCCGCGGCCAUCGUGCCGUUUUUGCUGCUGGACAAGCGGGAUGUGGUCAGCUGCUUCCGGGACGAGAUGGCGGGCGAGGGCUUCUUUCCUGACCAGGCCCGCGCGGAGGACCUGGCCGCGCAGCUCAGCUUCUACCGCGUGGCUGGCCGCGAGUUUGCUGUCACCGGCUGCAAGCAGGUGGUGGCCACGGUGAACCUCCUGUAGUGGAGGCGCAGGACGGGACGUUUGGGUUGAUGGCGGCAGUAGGAGGGCGACCAGGGACCUUGGAGGCUGGUGCAGGCCCGAGGUUUCUAGUGAAUUUGUGGUUGCCCGGCUGGUGGGUGCGGAUCAGCUUGGGGCUCUGCUUCCAGGUCCACACCCGCCUCAGAGUCCCGACUCUGUCCCCGGGGGCGGCAGGACAGCAGCCACCUCCCUCCCGAACUCGCCCAUUUGCCCUGCUGGGCGUCCCAGGCACGGUCUGGUGCGUUCUCCCUGUGGCCCCAAGAGGUGGGUUCCCAUGGUACAAGGAUGAUCUCCGGGCCAGCAAUUCCCGGGGUCACACAGCUGGGACGUGACCCCGCCUCUUGGGGGUGGUCGCGUGUUGCUCAGUGCUGGGGUGGGGUUCUCAUUCCAGCCCCCCUGGAGAUGACCGCGGAGGAGGCCACAGCCAACCAUGACAGUGCUGGGGUCCUGGCUGUCUUCUCCACUCACCCCACCCCUCACUCAGGUCGUGUUUUCAGGAGCUCAAGGCUUGCGUGUCUUGACCAUAAGGGGACGGGAGCGGAGGCGGAGGCGCCUCAGGCAGCCUCUCCCCCUCCUUCCUGGACCCCCCAACCCCGUGCCCGCCAGCCCUGGCUUGGGUUCACUGGGUGACCGAGAGCCCGCGGGGCAAGCGGGAGGUGCCUAGGCCUCUCCGCAUCCUCCUCUUCUCCGCACGUGGGACCCUUAGCCCGUGGCCAGCUCCCUGGUCACCACGAUUGCGCGACCUCCCUUUCCCUGGGGCCUUUUGUACCCCGAGUUCCGCCCACCCGCACUCUCUGCGCAGAGCGCCCUCCCCACGCCAGUCGACCCCACACCCCACACUCCCCACGCUCCGCCUCCCGGAAACCCUCCCGGACGCCUCCCGUGGAUGGUGGGCCCACCGCGCCCACGGGGGCUUUAGGAGAAGGUGCUUUGGGCGCUUUUUGCGCCGUGUCUCCUCGGGGGCGGCGGUUGCCUCGGGACGGUUCUCGCCUCCUCCCGCAGCCCCGGUGUCUGGGACGCACCCGGCAGCCUCACUGCUGCCGCCUUGUGGCGCGCCCGGCCCAGCCGGUGGCUUCUGUGGCCGCCGGGGUCGGAGCGCGCGCCUGGGCCCUGAGUCCCCCAGGCCGCCUCGAGCCUCUGUCCCCGCCGCCGGCCCCGCUGCAGUCCCAACCCGGGCCUGCCGGAAGGAGUGCACGGGCGGCGAUGACCGGUCCCGAAAGGGGCUCAGAGGGCAGCGAGGAGGUUUCACGCCGGUGCGGGGCGCCGUCGAGGUGGGGGCACUGCGAAGGUGGAGGCGGGGCCGCCCCAGAAGCCUGGAGUCGAGCGCACACGGUGCGCGCCCCUGGCAAGUGGGAAUCCUCCGGCCCCGAGGCCUGAACUCAGCCCAGAGACCGCGCCCGCCAGCGCCGGUGUCCCUGGAGGGGCCCCGCUAGCUCCCUGAGCAGAGGUCCUGCGGGUCCCCGGAGGGUGUCCUGUUCUCUCCCCCGCCUCGCAUCCAUUCUCGCCCUGGUGGUUGGUGUCUGUGGUCCGGGGCGAGGGCCGUCUAAUGGAGACAGGGAUUCAGGCCGCUUGAAAGUCUGGGAUCUCUAGGCGGAUGGUAGCGGCUCCCCGGAGCUAGAGCUCGGCACGCAGGUCCUGGGCCCAGGGCGGGAGCGCUGGCGAGAGGGCUGCUCCGUCCUGCCCAGAGGGUCCUGAGGACUCCCGCUGCUCCUGGAGUCUCGGGGAGGGGUCCGGCUCCACGAGGUGGGGGUGGGGGCUACCAGGAAACCUUUGCCUCCGGGGACUGUGCAGGACCGGCUAGCCAGCGCUGGGAGCCAGGGCUGAGUUCAGCCCAGCUCUGUCCACCCCACCCCCAGGACUAGGGGAAGGAGCUGGGAGGAGCCCCACCUCUCCCAGGCGAGUAUCUGUCCCAGGAGCCCACACAGAGGGACACCCAGCUCUGGUCUGGCCUUCGCGUUGGCUUCAAGGUGGUAACAGAGAGAGAGCUGCAGAGUGCGGGUGUGUUUGCUAGUCCCUGCAUGGGUGAAUGCUGGGGUGCCCACUGCUCCCCAGGCAGGACUCCCAGGACUGUCACCUCCCCUUCCCACAGAGCACCUACCUGGAGGUGUCAUCUGCCGGCAAGCGUGGGCCAUUCAUCCACCUGUCAGUCAACAACACCCACUGAGCAUCCGCUCGUAUCAAAAGGUCCAGACCUAAGGGAAAAUUUUUUUUUUGUCUUUCUUUCUCUUUUUUCUUUCUUUCUUUCUUUCUCUUUCUUUCUUUCUUUCUCUUUCUUCUUUCUUUCUUCCUUUCUUUUCUUUCUCUUUCUUUCUUCUUUUUCUUUCCUUUCUUCCUUCCUUUCUUUCCUUCCUUCUUUUUCUUUCCUUUCUUUCUUUCCUUCCUUCCUUCUUUCUUUUCUUUCUUUUUUUUUUUUGACACAGAGUUUUGCUCUUGUUGCCCAGGCUGGAGCGCAAUGACACGAUCUCGGCUCACUGCAACCUCUGCCUCCUGGGUUCAAGCGAUUCUCCUGCCUCAGCCUCCCGAGUAGCUGGGAUUACAGGCACCCGCCACCAUGCCCGGGUAAUUUUUUUGUAUUGUUGGUAGAGAUGGUGAUUCACUAUGUUGGCCAGGCUAGUCACGAACUCCUGACCUCGUGAUCCGCCCACCUCGGCCUCCCAAAGUGCUGGGAUUACAGGUGUGAGCCACCGUGCCUGGCCUCUUAUUUAUUUCUAAAAUAUUACAUUGAGGCCAAUUUCUGUGCUUAAGAAGAAUGUGCACCAAGUGCUGGGGUGGGGGCUGGUUAUAAAUGAGGCCACAAAUCAUGCUUGUUAAUAAAUUGUGUGAUUCAAAUCUGACAA